ACCCACAAAGUGCGGGGUCACAGAAAGUCUUCGAUGGGGGCAAAGAUGUGGAAGGAGAGGGCGAAGAAGAAGAGUCAACUCAGGGUCACGUGAUUUGGUCGAGCAUCUUUUUUUUGGUCCAUUUUGGAUGAUAGCAAGAGCUCCGUGCAACCCAAGAAAAUGACCAAACUGCAGUUUUUAAACGUCUUUUUGACUGAGCGUCUCAUGCUUGCUGCGCAGGAGAUUUACAAGUCUGUCGAGGACACGAUUUUGGAGUACCAGGAGGAGAUAGCGAUCAGGGAGCGGGAGAACGACCAUCUAAGACGCAGGCUGCGAGACGCUGGAAUUGAAAUAUGGCCAGAUCGUCCGUCCAUGGCGCUGUUGGACGAGGAGGAUGGCGAGCAUCCACGGCGCGAGUGGAGUCCCAGCAUGGGACAUGAAGAGCGUAUUCCUAUUCAGAUUAAGGAUAAAAGAGAUCUCCGCCCCAACCAGGGAGAUGAUCAGCUUCGGGGGCAUGGCUCUUGCAGCACACCAGAGAACAUGUUCACUCCUCCACGUGUUGGAAACGAAUACCCCCAGGAAGGCCCCCACACGUCCAACCUCCCUCAGAGUCAGGGUGUGGAGAACAGAGAGAGAGAUCCAGGGUCUCGUGGCUCCUCCCGGCACGUGAAGGCGGAGAGCGGAGGAGGCCACAGAGGCUCUACUUCCUCCAACACAGGCGCUCAGCCGCUCGCGCCGGUCAACCCAAACUGCUCAAAUGAGAACAACAUUGACAUUAUUGGGGUGGAGAAUGGAGGACAGAUGGUUGGUGCUAAGGGAACUGGAACUGGAGCUAACAGAGCCCAGGCCUCUCACAUGCGCAACCAAGGAGCCAAUGCUGUUGACUGCCCCCAUCAGAAAUCCCCACUACAGGGCCACAUGUCGUCUUUCUGCUGCAAGGUUUGCGGUGAGGCGUUUAGUCACAUUGGCCACUUGCAUGUGCACGUACAAGUGCACACACGGGAAAAACCUUACCGCUGUGGUGUAUGUGGGAAAUGCUGCAGCUCUUCCGGCAGACUCCAGGAGCACCAGCGUAGCCACACGGGAGAAAAACCAUUCCGCUGCCAGAUUUGUGGAAAGGGGUUCACACAGAUGGCUCACCUGAAAGUACACAUGAGGAUCCAUACGGGGGAGAAGCCAUACAGUUGCCCUGUGUGUGGCAAGUGCUUCAGUCGCUCUGACAAAAUCAAAAGGCAUCUCCAGACCCAUAGCCGUGAGGGAACAUAUUUCUCAGGGCAAUGAUGCAGGAAAGUGUUAAAAUAAUAACAUAAUGGGGACAGUAAACUUUAAGAAAAGAGUUUGGUUGGUUUGCCAUAAAUCAACUAAUUUCCCCACGUUUUCCUACUGUGACAAGUCGAAGAACGCCUGUUGCACGUUUUCUUCAAUUGCUGUAAUGUAAGUCCCCCUGCUAUACAUCAAAAAAUCUCACAAAUAUUCAAACUACACAAAAUCCUCAGGCACAGCACACGUCAGCAGGUACUAAGUAUCUUGAUUUGGAGUGUGUAAAAACAAACAUUGGUUCCUGGUAAAGGAUCCACUCAUGUUUUAUUGUGUAGUAACAUAUAUACAACACCUGGUGGGGUACUUUCCAUUUUAAUGGUUUUCAUGCGAGUACUUGACAGUCAACAAAAAUGUAAAAAUUGUGUGAGGUGAAAUAAUUCUAUAAAAUUUUCAAUAUAGUUUUUUUUUCUAAAAGAAUAAAAUCAGUGUAAUUGGCAAACUCUUAUGUCUACUUUUAUACCUAAAGAAAUCAAAUAAAUUGUCAGUGAAACAACUAGAAACUGUAACAACUUUACCAACAUGUUACAGUUAACCUAAUUUGUAACAGCACAUAAUUUACAUUUAUCAUUAUUGUAAGCAGCCUUGUACUGGAACACUCUAUUACACAUCGCAGCUUUCUAGUUUGAUAUGUUGGAGUAGGGAAGAGGCAGACAGUCAAUGAAAACCAUAACAAGGUUUAUGAACCGGCUGCAAUAUGUUUGCAAUGACAUCUUCAUGAUGUAUGCCUUAUGUUAUGGCUGUGAUAUUAAUCACAGUCAUAACAUUGCUUUCUGUUUCUGUGUUGCCAAUAAAGGUGUCUGCCAGCAGCCACGAAUACUGAGAGUAACAUCACAAAAUCAAGGAGACCUUCUGUAGGAGAUUGAACUUGCACACUGCUUUGUGAUUUGCUUUGAGAUGCCACAUCUCCUCAAGGUGUGGGCAGGAAAUGGUGGAUACACACAGCAGCAACAGCCAGGAGGUCCAGUGAAAAGAAGCCAGGGGACUGAGAGAGAUGUAGCUGAUAUACAAUAUUUUGUUCAUAUCAAACAAACAGGAGUUAUUGAGGUAGCUUUCCCUUUUAUGCAGAUCAAUAUAGUGACUAUAAAGCAAUCCGGUUAAACACGCUACCGUCUGUUACCGUACGAUUACAUUACCCAGUCACGUGCCAUCAAUUCAGAACCCUGAUGUACGUUCAGAUGAAUUUCGGUCAUUCGGUCAGUGACAGCGUUUGCUCUUUGAUCUAAUCAGAUACUUUUCUGUCCCUCAGUCUUAUAAUAAUCACAAUAUACUUUACCUGCCAUUAAAAUAAAGAUGCAUAUGAUAUUGGAAACCAAAAAGACCUAAUAAAGUCACUAUAUUUCAAAAGAAAAUCAAGCUUUCAGUGGAGAGCAGCACUACUAACAAUAAUAACAUAUGGAAAAACUAAUUUAAUUCGCGUGCAGCUAGCCAGCUGAAAAAGGCAAUGUAGACUGACAGUUUUAUCCAAAAUAAUUGUAGAAACACACAGUGGUUUCCUGACUUCCUGUGAAGCAGACGUUUGAUCAAUCACCAUGUUCUUAAUAUCUAAAAAUAGCAGAGAGCCUUGAUAUUUUAUGAGCACAGGAGGGUUUCAGUGUCCGACAGCUGUUGGUUGAUUGAGUGAGCGGAGAGACAAGAGUGUUCUCCUGGGAUCUCAUUCAAAUGUUGAUGGAUCUCCAGUUUAAGUAUUCUAGGAGGGUAGCCACUCAUAACCCAUGAGGCUGGCAUACAUAUGAAGUGCUCCGUGGCGAGUAGCUGCAUAUAGGUUGGACAUAGCAGACAUGAGAGAUGAAUGUCAUCCUCCAGGAUUAAAUCUAAGGCACAGGACAGAAGAGAAGAAAGCCUUCCACUCAGAGGCCUGAGGCAUGGACAAUAAACAACACACAGUACCAGUUGCGUGUGUGCACUUUUUUUACUCGUACAUGAAUUUGCUGCUCUGUCCCUGUUUUUGCCUCAGUUUGUUCUUGCACACCAGCUUUGUGUGUCAGAUACAUGAGUUUUCUGGACAUCUAUCGACUUCUCUUUCACUCCAGGGAAGCAGUGUUCAUCUCUUCAGUGUAGCCUGCAAGGGAGCCUGUACACUUUUUGCCUGUGGCCCUGCCCUGCAUGCAGCCACUCCAGAGCUGUCCAGGAGACCAGAGUUUCUAUCAGUACAGUCUGUGCUUUUAUUUGCUGGAAAACACUGUGUAUGUAAACAGUCUUUCACUGUACAGUGUAUAUAUAUAUUCCCUCCAUAUAGAGUUUUUUUCAUAAUUUAAGGCAGAAGAGACACUGUUUUGUAAGUUAUGUUUGUGUAUGUCAAGAUGGAUCAUGGAAAGACCUCUCUCAGAAACAUUGGACAGAUGCUUAUGAACUAACAGUUGGUGAUUCAGAGCUCUCAGCUGAAAUGAAGCUGGGUCUCAAAUUUACACCACCAACAUAACAUAUUGACAGAAAACCUGAUAGAAAACCACACUUCACAGAUUACAAUUCCCUGUUUUCAAGUACAAAUAAAGAACUUGUCAUCUGGACUGAUGAUAUAUUAUUUCCUUGUGAAGAUAAACUAAUCCAUCAAAUAAUGAGAGUGGAAAACAUGAUGUCUCUGGUUUGUUUUAAUUUCCAAGCUAUGUCAGGUGGUAUCAGAGACGUGCACACACAUUCAUGUAAAAAAAAAUAAAUAAAUAAAUAACUAAAAUAAAUCACAUGCCAUUAGUUUCUCACAUCUAACAUAUCCUGCAGCUUCUGUCUGACUUCCCUUUGACACAUCGAUCUGUUCUUCACAACAAAGAGGAGACGGCUGGAUUACGCCUUUAUCUGUAUGAUCCUGGUUUUAUCACAAGAUGCAACACUGCCUCUUUCUGUGGAAAAUAAAAGCAUAUAUUGUGUGCUGGCAGGAGCUUAUGUGAUUUGAGGGCCAGUGAAAAAGAUGUAGGUGCAUCAGUAAUGCUUCCUCAGUAACUACUAAUGUGUAGUCAGUAAGGCAGAGAUGUGUAGCCAGUGUACUCAGUAGUUAAUGUGAAGCAAGGUGCUUCAGUGUAGAGGGGUCACAGGUCAAAUGUGGAAGUUGCUGCACAGAACAUUAUAGAUUUUUACACACUGAGAGUGAUACUUAAUGAAGUAGAUAUAUAUGUUAUGCAAUAACAUAAUUAUUUUAAAAAAAUAUGUGUUGGAUAUAUCUCUUAGGUAGAUAAGUUUCCUUUUUAAAAUUGAACUUUAUGGAAGAUUGGUGUAAAUGCAACAGCAAUCUUGUGGCAAACAGAUUUGAAAUUUAUUUGUUGAGUUGUCAGAUAUUCUGAUUUAAGGGACUGGAAUCAGUAUCAGGAAUGAAAACGUUUGAUUCCUAUUAAAAUGAAUUUCUUUAAAAUGGCGAUAACUGAUUUAUUUUGUCCAUGUUAAGAUGAUUCAAUUGUGUUAUUGUGUAAUAAAUGUAUCCAUCUGUCAUACAAAUUAACUAAAAAUUGUGAAAAUGAUUUUACUAGUACAAGAAAACUGGUCAGUGUCUGUUUUUUUAUGUCACAGGGCAUUGUACAGUGUGUACACACAAGUUUCACAAAUUCCAUUCAAAUGUGUGUAUCAUGCAAUGCGUUGUUUUUCCCUCUUUCUUUUUUAGUCAAGUGUGGACAUGAAAAACACCACCAUGCAAGUGCUUCACAAUAACAAGGAGUUCAGAUUAAGGUGACAGAAAUAGACUGUUCACAUGACUGAUAAUAUUUCUUGGAAUACUGUCUCACUUAAACUGCAACUGGGAAGAGAACAGAUUGGUGUAAGAGAGAUUUGUAUGAGUAAGCAAGUGUCAAAGCAGUUUUUGAGAUUAAAAUCAAAGACUAAUUGUUGAGUA